AUGUUGCCACUUUACAAAACAGCUAAAAUGUCUUCUUUUGUUGCUCUUCCUGGCCUGCAUGGCUCUUUUAGAUCACAGUUUCUAGGCCAAAAUAACCUCACUCAUCUUUACCCUCGCAACAAGGCUUCCAUCAUUCACACCAAACCAAUAACAGCACAACCGUGUGCAAAAUUUAACUUGCUGCAAAUCUUGGGAGGAAGAGGACUAUGCAAUGGAGAAGAAGGCCUUCAGCUAGAGCUGAAGAAGCAAGUUGGUGUUGAUGAGAAGACACCAGCAGCAAGUGAAAAGGAGCAAGAGGAGGACUCAGCAACACAGGCCUUGGCAAGUGUUGCUGCAGAAGAUGGUUUUGAGAAGGAACUGAUGGGGUUAACUGGGGGGUUUCCAGGGGGUGAGAAGGGGUUGAAAAAGUUCAUUCAGGAAAACCCUCCUCCAAAACGAAGUCAAGGGAGCAAAAGUGUGAAAUUGUCAGAGAAGCCAAAACCACCAGACCUACCUCUGUUGUUGCCAGGGAUGAUUGCCAUUGUGAAGAACCCAAAUAACCCAUUUUACAUGUACUGUGGGAUUGUGCAAAGAAUCACAGAUGGGAAGGCAGGGGUUCUAUUUGAAGGAGGUAAUUGGGACAAGUUGAUAACGUUCAGGUUGGAAGAACUUGAGCGCAGAGAAAAAGGCCCUCCAAUGAAGAACCCUAAGUCUGCUGUGCUUGAACCCUUUCUAGAAAAGAAAUCAUAG